AGCUAUGUAGGAAACAGUGGGAAUAGACGGAAAUUAAAUCCGCUACUCACUUUCUAGUCAUUUUCCCCAUGAGCAAAUUGAAACGAGCAACAAGGCCAAGGCCCUGAGGGGGAGAUGACAAAGGAGGAUGUUUCAGAGCCUCUUGAAGGGGACACUGUGCUGGGCUGGGCCUCUUCCCAUCAGCGGUCGGUUAUCCACCAGGUGGCCUCUGCACCCAUGCCCAGUGACUGUGAGUUCUCCUUCUUUGACCCCAGUGAGCCGCAGUGCAAGGAGGUUUUAUUGGAUCCCAGCACCACCAUACCAGAACUGUUUGCUGUCCUCAGACAGUGGGUCCCCCAGGUUCAGAAGAAUAUCGACCUCAUCGGCAAUGAGAUCCUAAAGAGAGGCUGCGGUGUAAAUGAUCGAGAUGGUCUGACAGAUAUGAGCCUCCUGCACUACUGCUGCAAGGCCGGGGCGCCGGGCAUCGGUGAUGCAGAGACAGCAGCCAGCUUUGCCCGGCAGCUCCUUGCCCUGGGCGCUGAUCCCAACCUUCGCUCACGUUGGACUAACAUGAGAGCCCUGCACUACGCUGCCUACUUUGACGUGCCCCAGCUCAUCCGGGUGGUGUUGCAGGCCUCCCAUCCUGGAGAGGUAGAUGCCACCUGUAGUGACUUUGACUUUGGCACCGCCCUGCACAUCGCUGCGUCCAACCUGUGCAUAUCGGCUGUCAAAUGUCUGCUGGAGCUGGGAGCCAACCCUGCUUUCAGAAAUGAAAAAGGGCAGUGCCCAGCAGACGUGGUCCCUGACCCGCUCGACAUGCCCUUGGAGAUGGCAGAUGCAGCCGCCGUGGCCAAAGAGCUCCGGACUUUGCUGAGACAGGCUUUACCCCGACCCAGCUCCCCUUUGUCCCUCACACUGCAAGGCCAGUCCCUUCCUGUUCUCUCCGAUAAAGCCAGGAUACAGCUGGCCACCAUGGGAAUCCGACUUGGUGACCGCGUGGUGAUAGCUGGACAGAAGGUUGGAAUUCUACGAUUCUGUGGUAGCACUGAGUUCUCUGGAGGACUCUGGGCCGGAGUGGAGUUGGACAAACCGGAGGGGAAGAACGAUGGCUCGGUAGCAGGGGUUCAGUAUUUCACCUGUCAAACUAAACAUGGAAUCUUUGCUCCCCUCUCCAAGAUAAGCAAACCUUUGGAAAGACAUAAAACCAGCAGCAGAAAGACGUCUACACCCACACGCCCUCCUCGCCGCAUUGAUGUGUCCCGCAUCACCUCAAAGAUAAACACAGGUGUUCUCUCCCGCUCUCUCUCCUCCUCAUCCUCUUCACUGGACUCUCGGCACGGGCCAGGUACCCGACCUCGUCCAUUGCCAAGGCAACGGCUUCCUGCCAGGCAGCGAAGGGAGCAGAGGACCACAUCCUCCCCGGCCCUCCGCUCUUCUCCCGACACCGCUGCACUUACUACUACAGGUCUUCGAAGCCGAACCCCCUCAGCCAGCAGCUCUGUGUGUGGGGGCCCUGAGGUGCGCCUGGGGGAGAGGGUGCUGGUGGUAGGCCAGAGAACUGGUGUAGUCCAGUUCUGUGGAAAGACCAGCUUUGCUCCAGGGCUGUGGCUGGGCAUUGAGCUGGACAAACCAAGUGGUAAGAAUGACGGAUCAGUGGGAGGAGUGAGGUACUUCAGCUGCCCACCAAAACAUGGUGUCUUUGCUCCUCCGUCUCGUGUUCAAAGGAUCCACGGAUCUGUUGAUUGCCUUUCAGAGCUCUCCUCCUCACGCCUCAGUCAUCCUCUGAGUGGGACAAUCCGUCGCAGUUUCAGCACAUCAUCGGCCAUCGCCCCCCCGAAGGAGAUGAGCAGGAGAAGUCCUGUUACCAGAAGUCGCUCCAACCCUCACCGUCGGCGCUGGAGCACCCUCAGCGGGGGGGUUCCCGGGAGCAGAGCAGCGACCAGCCCCUCGCCCAGCUCCGACGGACAGGUCUGCCUCCACGUGGGCAUGCAGGUGCUGCUCAGCAGUGCCAACGAGAUGGCAUUCAUCCGUUACCUGGGCACAGCGGACUUUGCCCCCGGCCUCUGGCUGGGUCUGGAGCUCCGAAGCCCGAAGGGCAAGAACGACGGCUCCGUGGGCGGACGCCGUUACUUCACCUGUCGACCCGGCUACGGCGUGCUGGUCCGCCCCAGCCGCGUCACCUACCGGGGCAUCAAUGGCUCACGCUUGGUGAAUGAAAGCAGCUAAGGACUGCGAACCAGAGUGCUGAUGUUUUUACUUUGUUUAUGAUCUAGUUAAGGCAAAAGUUUUAAGUUUAAACUUCUUGGGGUUUUUUUUUGCAUAGCUUUUUAUUUUUCAUUCAUGUAGGUAGUCCUCUGAACUCGUCUAGAGUUGUGGUAAGUUACAGUAGUAAAACCACUUAAUAAUAGUUCAAAUUUAAACUACUAGAUUUAGGUUUUGGAAAAAUAUUGGAUGCAAAGAAGGCACUUUAUAAAUAUGAACAA